AGCACCAGGGCUGUUCGCUCUCUCUCUCUCUCUCUCUCUCUCUCUCUCUCUGGGUGCCUGGAGAAGUUGUCAGAGCUGUUUCUGCUUUUCACACAAUCAGCUUCUGGUCUGUGACGAGGAAAAGAAUUCCUCUCCUGAGCAUGACUGGAAGGCAGAACUGACUGCAUGCCUCAGUCUACAAGAGCCUGCCCUCCUCUCAGGAUGCAGCUGAGGUGCGCCUCAGUCAGCAAGAUGCACCUGGCUGCGCUGCUCACGCUGCUGCUCUAUGCAAGCCUUCAGGCUCAGGAAAACUCUUUCACCAUCAACAGCGUCCACAUGGAAAGCGUGCCGUCCUGGAAGGUGUCGAACGGGCACAACCUGACCCUGCAGUGCCUGGUGGAUGUCAGCACCACCUCGAGCAUCAGGCCUCAGCAUCUGAAGCUGUUUUAUAAGGACGACGCUCUGGUGUACAACGUCUCCUCCAGGGAGCACACGGAGAGCUUCUUCAUUCCCCAGGCUCGGGUCUUCCACUCAGGGAUGUACAAAUGCACCGUGAUCCUGAACAACAAGGAGAAAACCACUCGUGAAUACGAGGUGUCAGUGAAUGGUGUACCCAACCCCACAGUGACACUGGACAAAAAGGAGGUGACAGAAGGUGGAGUUGUGACAGUCAAUUGUUCUGUCCGGGAGGAAAAGCCACCGAUACAUUUUAAAAUCGAGAAGGUAGAACUGGACACAAAGGUUGUCAAGCUGCGGAAAGACAAAACUUCAAACCAGAAUUUUGUGCUAACUGAGUUCCCCAUCGAGGAGCAAGACCACGUGGUAGUGUUCCGCUGUCAGGCUGGCAUCCUGUCCGGCAUCCAAAUGCAGACCUCGGAAUACACCAGGAGCGACUACGUCACCGUGCAGGAGUCCUUUUCUACUCCCAAGUUUCAAAUCCAGCCUUCUGGAAUGAUCAUAGAAGGAGACCAGCUCCGUGUUAAGUGCACAGUUCAAGUGACACACUUGGUCCAGGAAUUUCCAGAAAUUAUAAUCCAAAAGGACAAGGCAAUUGUGGCCACCUCUAGACAGGGCGGUGAGGCUGUCUACUCCGUCAUGGCCAUGGUGGAGAACAGUGGUCUUUACACCUGCAAAGUAGAGUCUAACCGCAUCUCCAAGGCCAGCAGUGUCAUGGUCAACAUAACAGAGCUGUUUCCCAAGCCGAAGCUGGAAGUUUCCUCCAGUCGUCUGGACCAAGGAGAAAUUUUGAGCCUGUACUGCUCUGUCCCGGGCACGCCUUCAGCCAAAUUCACCAUCCAGAAGGAAGAGACAGUCUUGACGCAGUAUCAGAAUUUCAGCAAGUUUGCUGAGGAGAGGGACAGCGGGAAGUACAUCUGCACCGCAGGCGUCAGCAAAGUAGUCAAGAGGAGCAACUUGGUACACAUCAAGGUGUGCGCAAUGCUAUCGAAGCCCAGGAUUUUUCAUGAUGCCAAGUCUGAGAUCAUAAAGGGACAUGCCAUAAGCAUCAGCUGCCAGUCGGUAAAUGGAACCACACCGGUCACUUACCACCUUCUAAAAGCGGCAGGGGUCUUCCGUACUCUCAUGAUGAACUCCAAUGACCCGGCGACAUUCACGGAUAAACCCACCAGUGACGUGGGGUACCAGUGCAUGGUGGAUAACUGCCAUUCCCACUCUGAGUUGUACAGCGAGAUCCUGAAGGUCAAGGUGAUAGCCCCCGUGGAUGAAGUUACAAUCUCCAUCUUGUCAAGUAGCGAGGUGGAGUCUGGGGCUGAAAUGGUGCUUCGGUGCUCUGUGAAAGAGGGGACUGGCCCAAUCACAUUUAAGUUUUAUAAAGAAGGGGAGGACAGACCCUUCCACGAAGUCACCAAGAAUGACACUGAAGCAUUUUGGCACAAGACACAAGCCACCAAGGAGCAGGAAGGACAGUAUCAUUGCACGGCCUCCAAUAGAGCCAACCUUGCCAGGACCAGUGCCCGAAGCAAGAUUCUAACAGUCAGAGUCUUUCUCGCUCUCUGGAAGAGAGGGCUCAUCGCGUUGGCGGUCAUUGGCGUGGUCAUUGCUGUCUUGGUAGUUGCGGCCAAAUGCUACUUCCUGAGGAAAGCCAAAGCCAAACAGAAACCCGUGGAGAUGUCCAGGCCAGCAGCUCCACUUCUGAACUCCAACAGUCAGAAGGUUUCUGAGCCCAAUGUGGAACCCAACCAUUAUUAUGGUUAUGAUGAUGUAGGAAAUGAUACAAUGAAACCUAUAAAUCAAAAGAAAGACCCUCAGAGCAUGGAGGUGGAAUAUACAGAGGUGGAAGUGUCCUCCCGUGAGCCUCACCAAGCUCUGGAAAGGAGAGCCGCAGAGACGGUGUACAGUGAGAUCCGGAAUGCCGACCCUAAGAACGGAAGGCUCCCUUGACGGAACUUAAGACAGCUGAGGCAGGUGCACAUCCCUGGGAGAGCGUCCAUGUCGCAAGAAGAGCAGCCGGUCCGCAGAUUCCAAGAGUCCUGUGCACAUAUUUAUGAACUGGCCCUGCCCCCACUGAAAGUAGCAUCCCAUCUUAAGUCCCUCCUGCCUUGCUAAUGUUGGGUAUACAGAGCAGCAGAGGCGCUGUUUUAACGGCCAGCCCGACUGCCCUUCCAAGCUGGACACCCUUGUGUUUUGCGAGAGUGAGAGGAGGUUUCCAGGUGAAGAAACCCUGGAAUAUUCCAAAGCUCAGUCAAUAUAUUGUGUCUCAGACAAUGUGUUUCUUUGUGUGUCUUCCUUCACAGAAGGCAGUUUUUUGGUUCUGUAGUCAGUGACUUUUAGCAAAUGGCUUUGUCUCAGGGGGUUUAGUAUUUUUGUU